AUGCAUCCAUUACCAGCACUGCCCAACAAAAAACAUGCCAGAGUUGGUGGUCGGAAAAUGAGCGGAAGCGCAUUCAACAAGCUUCUAAGUAGGCUUGCCGCGGAAGGGCAUCGUGAUCUCUCAAACUCUGUUGAUCUUAAGGACCAUUGGGCGAAGCACG